AAUAAAAAUUGAUAAAAUUCAAAUUCUAUAAAUAAAUACUUACAUGAGAACCAAAAGAACCUCGUGGUACAUGGACAGAGGUAUGUCUGUGCUGGCGGAGGUAGUCAUUGGUCUUGCCUAAGCCAAUAUCGACAUACUUAUUGAUGUCGAUGACUUUGGAGUUGACGGCAGCCACGGCCAGGACCAAGAAAAGACAACAGACCUUCAUGAUUGCUGCUGUCCAUGUACCAAAAGGUGAUUUUGGUUCUCAUGUAUCCUUUUCCGAUUCCGAUGUCCUUGGCCUCGACUCCUUGAAGAGGACCGGCAACUGCAGUCUUGAGAUCGUCGAGAAGAAUGUGACAUUGGACCUCCAUUACGGCUUCGGAUUCUACCUACAAACCUUCAAAUCCUUGAGGGUCGACGACAAGGACAUGUCUGCCAGUAUCAGGAUCGGCGACAACUCCGUCCGUGUCCAUUAUACUGUCCACAACAUCGGGCAACAGGGUGGCCGCUGCUCAGUAACCUUGCACGACCUGGGAUACGACAGGUUGGCCAAUGUUGACUUCCAUACUUCCAGGCCUGAAUUCGACGGACUCGACCUCGAAGAUUUCUUCGCGCAGCAGGUCAUCCCAUUCUUGGAGAGCAAGAUCGACAAACGUGCUGUAGAAUUGGGUUUGGAAAGAUUUAUUUGCAGACAACAUCGCCUGGAAAUUUCUGAACACAUGCCAAUGCUCCAUCAAUCUGUUUUUGAAGAAAUUUUCCCAUCUCAACUUUGAAGGAACUUAUAUAUAGCUAUAUAAUAAAUAUUUGAAAAUAUAUUUAUUCAUAUAA